AUGGCUGUGUCCCAGAUCCAAAUAGAAGAAGUAGGUGGAGAGGAAGUGCCAGCAGGAGAAGCCCUGCCUCCAGAUGACCACCUCCGGAACCUUAAGGCUCUGACUGAGAAACUGAGGCUUGAGACACGCAGGCCCUCCUACCUGGAGUGGCAGGCCAAGCUGGAGGAGCAGACAUGGACCUUCCCCAAGCAAGAUGCCCAGCAGGAGGCCAACUGGGAGCAGAGGCAGUGUGAGGAGGAGUCUUCACUUCUCCAGAGGGAGCCCAGGCAGCAUCCUCCAUCUAACCGGAGAGCCAGUCAGGGCCAGGGACCCCUUGCCACCCGCAAGCUGGAAGGCUUUGAAAGUAUUGAUGAAGCUAUAACCUGGCUCAGAAAGGAACUGACAGAGAUGCGGCUGCAGGACCAGCAGUUGGCCAGACAGCUCAUGCGCUUGCGCAGUGACAUCAACAAGCUGAAGAUUGAGCAGACCUGCCACCUCCACAGGAGAAUGCUCAAUGACGCCACCUAUGAGCUGGAGGAGCGGGACGAGCUGUCUGACCUCUUCUGUGACUCCCCUCUUGCCUCCUCCUUCAGUCUCUCCACUCCACUCAAGCUCAUUGGUGUCACCAAAAUGAACAUCAACUCCCGAAGAUUCUCUCUCUGCUGA